AUGUCGGCCGCCCUGUCGCCCCCGAAAGUCGUCCUCCUCGCGGCGCAAUUCACAGCCACGGGUGACAUCGCUAGCCUCGCCUCGCUGGCGGCUGGCCAUGGCGAUGCGCUGCGAAAGAAGCUGAUCCUCCGCCUGCUACUCACUUACCUCCCAUCCCACCUCACGACCGAGGCGUACCUGCCCUUGCUGCAGAGCCUCGAAUCGGCCGACUACUCGUGCUUCUUCCCCCUCGAAGAAAUCGAUACGUCGAGCGUUCAGUCGUUGUCCGACGAGCAGGCCGCCAAGAAGGUGCGCAAACUCCGCCUCCAGCCGCUGUCCCUGCCCGGCGCCGCAUCGUCACUUGCCUCGAGCUCCGAGGCGAGAGGGGAAACGGAGGAGGCGGAGGAACCAGAAGAUCCUCUGGCCAUCUUCUUGAUCCAACGCGCGUACGCCGUAGACGAUGGCUCUGGUGCGCUGCCCGAGCUCCCGGCCCUGCUCGCACCCUUCCUCAGCCGCUCCUACUUCCUCCGCACCUGGACCAUCUCCGUCCUCCUGCCCCUCCUGCGGCGAAAUUGCGAAUACUACCCCGACGCGCCUCUGCAGCAAACACUGGCCGACUUUGAGCACCUGCCCGACCGCCUGGCUGUGGCUCGGCUACUUUCCAAUACGGGAUCACACGAAGACACUCUACACUUUGUGGGCCGCGACCUGCGUGGCUUGAUCGGUCCGUGGCUGUACAGCGACCGGCGAUGGACGAAAAGGCGAGGUGGACGUGAGAGCAGCAGCAGCGGGGCGGUGUCUUCUGCAGAAACCGGGGGCGAGGACAAGGGCAAGAGCGCAAGUGAGGCAAACGGCCUUCAGUCGAGCUUAUGUCCAGGUUGGGAGGAGGUGCUGCAGUGGCUGACGGCGCACGCGGCCAAGUCGUGGCGCGUGGCUGCCAGGGCCAUUGAGCAGUGGGACGGGCCGAGCGAUGCCGACCUGGGCGGCUUCGGAACCAUGUGGCUAGACGACCGCGAGCAAGAAUACUUGGAGUACCGGUACGCGCGCGCCGCACUAGCAUGCGUCUACCUCCUGCCCGAAUCGUCCGAGGAAGCCAUGGCUGCCGCGCACGCCAUCGUCGGCAAAAUUAUUGGCCUUCUGGACCAGGACCCGCUCCCCGCCCUACCGACCGACCUGUCUCUCCUCCCCCCCGUCUCGACCGACACCGACGUUGGCACCCUCCUCACACCGAAAAACGCCGUCUACCUCCGCAAUGACCUUCUCAGCGAAGCCAACGUCCUGACCAAACCGUCGCGCACGGCGACCAAACUGCUGCACGCACUUGUUCUCAGUGCGUCGCUUCUCAACAAAAUGGGCGCCUCGUGCACCAUCCGCCGGGCCGGCGAGCUGGCCGUACUGCAGAACGAGCGCGAGCAAAAGACCGAGGCCGCCAAUGCCAUCCACUGGGUCGCCACCAACGGCACACGCAACGACGACCGGUACUGGAUCAAGGCACGCAACGAGAUCCUGUGGCUGCGCGACUGGGGCGCUGACGACGACGGGGGCGCUACAGACGACCAUGCACAAUCGACUGGCAGCGGCGUGUUUGGCCAAGUGAAGCGGGAGUUUAUCGAAGUAGAGUUCCUCAAGGCACUGCUCACAAAUACGAGAUAUUCUCUUGCCCGGUCACUCUAUGAGGACUCGCCCGACCAUCCUCUUUCCAACAACCUCGUCCAGGACACCGUUCUGGCAGCUGCUCUGAACGCCUACGACAAUGCCUCCAACCCAAACCGGACCCGGGGUGGCCUCAAGAAAUGCGACGAAAUUAUCCAUACCUUCCCCCUGACAGUCGAGAAAUCACUGCCAGCAACACGGCGUGCAGAGGCGCUGAUGGCGGCCACACACGGUUUAUGUGAUUACCGCCUUGUCCUCAAGCAGGGCGAGCCCUUUACGCCGGUUGUGCUUCGCGUCCACUCGGACCCUCUUUCGAUUCUGGGAAAAGUGCUGGAGCAGAACCCCAGAAGCUACACCAACAUCCAGGCACUGCUAAAGAUUGCCACCGACAUUGUCGAUGCUGGCCUGACGGUCCGCGACAAGGCUGGCCAGCCCGCGCUCACACCCGAACAGGCACCCCUGCAGCGUGCCUUGGCUGAGCGCCGCGUCACCGCCAUGUGCAUUGAUGCAGCCUUGACCGAGGACGACUUUGAGACGGCCUACUCCUACGUCAUGAGCCGGCUGGCAAACGAUGACGAGCUGCCCAAGGCACAAGGCGUCAACGCAUCCUCUUCGUACGGCGGCGCGCCGUCGGCCGACACGUGGUCCUGGCGUGCGGCUUUGGAAGCUGGCAAAUACCGCCGCACCGAGCGAACGGUGCGUCCGACACACCUCGGCACAGCGAGUGCCAAUCUCCAAAUUCGGCACCUCGAGCAGCGCAUCGAGUGCUUGGCCACCGCCUUGCGUGUCGCGCCGCCUGACACGCUCCAGGAGAUCCUCAACGCCUACCGCCGCUGCGAGGAAGAGCUUGAGGCCGCGGUCAAGGCGGAGGACGAGCAGGAAACUGCCUGGGACGACGCAGCGGACCAGUCGUGGCAGCAUGAAACCGCCACAGCCGAUACCGAUGCCAAGCGCCGCCGUCAACUGCAACACAACCGCCGUAGCAGCGGCAUGCCGGGUGGCUUUGGCGCCGACGACGGAAGCGGGCGCUCGUCGCCGUCGUCGGCCUCGGGCCGCAGCAACCGACCACUGGCCUCGCGCGUCGCGGCGGCAGCUUCUGCUGCCGCCACAUCGACCUACGGCGGACAAGCAUCCACACGUUCUGGUCCUCGAACCACUGGGCCUGGCCAUGGCAGCGGUGGCCUUGCCCGGCCACCCCGACGCCAGCAGUCUGCCUCGUCGGCCGCCACUGCCGGCGCCACCUCAGACGACGCGCCACUGUCUCUCUUCGACCUGUCGCGGGCUACGGCGCGUGUAGCAUCGCGCAACUUUUCUGCGCUGUCGAACCUUCGACAGACACGUGAGCUUGUCGGCCUUGGUGGCGGCGACGGCGGCGGCACCAACAGUGACGGCCACGAUAUGUCUGGUGCCGACGGGCCCAGCGGUCCCCACGUGCGCAAACGGGAUCAGUUGCGCGACGCGGCCAUGGGCACAUUGACAUCAGGCGUGGGGUGGCUGAUUGGUGCGCAGCCUGUCAACCGUGAGCAACCAUCCGAGCGGAAUUGA